AUUCUCGACGCCCCAUCGCCGUCGGCUCUAGUAGGUGCUUCCAGUACGCCUUCUAGGGGAUUCGGUAUUGCCAUCAGUCGGGGUGUCGACAUCGACCGCGACGGCGGCCCCGAGAUGGUCGUCACCUCGCUGGAUCCCAUCUCACCCUUCUAUCUACUCUCGAUGCCACGUCGUCUUGUCGCACGAUGCAAGGUAUCACUGCCGCCUAAGCUGUUUCUGCAGUCGACCACAGCCGGUACCAAAUUCACAGUCACCUUCCUGGUGCGACUCUACGAUCCCAAAACGCGUGCCUUCGUGACUCUUCCCAAAAACUUCCUUUCGGCCUCCAGUGCACGCACACACCAGAUCAAUCCUGAUUUCAUCUGGCAGGAACGUCUCUCACAAGUGAAGUGGCUUUCCGCACAGGAAGAAAGCAAUGUC